AGGUCACCUAGGAAGUAUAAUUUCCCCUAAUUUUACACAAAUUAUUUCCAGAUACCUCAUGAAGGGUAAAAGACAAAUUUAUCCGAGGCCACUGAAUGUGUCUCGUUAGCUGAUAUAAAAAUAAAGUGAUCCCUUUGACGAAACAAAAGGAAAAAAAAAAAAAAGAAAAAAGAUUACACUCGAAAGAUUAUUUAGAUAGGCGUUAUCAAAGAAUAGAGUAUACUUCUUUAUCUGUAACAUAACAAUCUUUUAAACCAAUAAAUAACGAAGAAGAUAAAAGAAAGGAAAAAAAAAGAAUCAAUACCACUGUAUAACGAGAGGAAAAAGAGUCUGUUGAUAAUAUCGGAAUCUACUAAUAUCUCACAAUUUAAAUUCCCCGCCGUAACAAUAUUAUUAACUUCGCAAUAAUUUCGAAUUGGAACGGAAAAAAGGAACGUAUAUGGAUUUUUUAUUUCAGAAUAUAAAUACAAAUUUGUCAUCGGAUAGAAGAAACAUAAGAAGAGAUAAAAAAGAAAAGUAUACGAAUGAUCGCAUAAAAAAAGUUGCGUAAAAAGAGAUAUCCUAAACGACCGACGGAGUAACCCUUUUAUUUCACAGCAGCGCCACGCCCGACACUGCCCUCUAAACUGCAUAGUCCGUGAAGUAUGUUUAUUACCGACAAUACGAAAUUGGCUGAAGUGGUAGACGAAAAUGGUUAAUUGUCAGGCUCGUUAGUGCAGCAGGCGAUACCUAGCACGUACCUUGCUAGAAAAAUAUUUGUAAAGACUUGGUGGAACGAGAGCAUGGCUUCUGGUGCAUCAUCCUUAGGUAGCGCUGGAGGUAGUGAUGGAGCAAUAAAUAUGGAAAGGGACAAUGGAGGCUACGGGAGCGUUGGAAAUCCUGUUGGGAGUACUGAAUGUCGUACCGAUUAUGAGGGCUUACAAGCUCAGUGUGAUAAAGCAAUGCAUCAGCUUAAGUUACUUAGGCAUAAGCACUCCGAUACUGUUAGACGGUGUGAACAUACUAUGAAAGAAUUGGAGUAUUAUCGUGGACAACAUAUAGCAGUCAUGAAUCAGUUAGAAGCGACAUCCCAAGAAAGCUCUGCUCUCCGUGGAAAGUAUGGAGAUCUGGUAAAUGACAAACAGAGACUGGACAGAGAAGUGCAAGCAUUACAGAAAGAAGUGUCGGAAUUAAGAUGUCAGAAUCAAGAAGCUCUUGUUUCUGACAGCAACAAUGGAGAUAUGAAUCAGCAUUAUUUAUCUGCGCUUAGAAGAUAUGAAGCCAUCAAGGACGAAUAUGACUCGCUUAGAAAGCGAUAUGAUGAUUUAAUAGCAUCUCAUUCCUCUGUUGUUAACAAGUUGGAAUUAUCGCAAGAAGAAGCUGCAAGAUUGAAGAAACAAUAUGAUGAAAUUCUUCAAGAACGUAACACUGCCGUACGUGAGCGUAAUGGAUUAAAACAACAAUGUACCGCUGCCAUAAGGCAGUGGGACAUUGCGUUGAGGGAGAGGAAUGAAUAUAGAGAAGCUCUUGCUAAAAUGCAGCAGCAACAUGAAGAAGCAGUAAAGGAAAUUAAUCAAGCCAUGGUGUUACGUAUGAAAACAAGCAAAGAUAUUAAGCGGCUUACGGAAGAAAGGAAUGCAGCAUUACAAGAAUAUAGUUUAAUUAUGGGUGAAAGAGAUACCGUACACAAGGAGAUGGAGAAACUUGGCGAUGAUCUGACCCAAUCUUUUACUAAAAUCACACAUUUAGAAAAUCAAAAUAAACAACUUGUUGAUGAAAAAAAGACGCUGUCCUAUCAGAUAGAAACAUUAAGGAGAGAAAUAUCAUCUGCUCUUCAAGACAGAGACGAGUCUUUAAAGCAAUGCAAUGAAUUACGUCAAAAGUUCGGUGAUUAUUCCGAAGGUGCAAACAGAGAUUACAAGAAUCGUUUGGAGUUGCAUUCUUAUAAUCGAGAACGAGACAAUGCAAGUAAAGAAGCCGAACGUGAAACAAAUAAUGGAGAUGCUAAGAGAGAAAAAGAACGUAUGGACAAUAUAGAUCAAGCUAAUUUAGAAUUAGACAAGCUUAGAAAAUCGGUAGAAACAUUGCAAGCCGAACUCGAAGAAGCAAUACAAGAAGCAGAAGUAUCCAAACGAAGAAGAGAUUGGGCAUUUAGCGAGAGAGAUAAAAUAGUACUGGAGAGAGAAAGUAUAAGAACUUUAUGCGAUAGAUUAAGGAAAGAACGUGAUCGUGCUGUUUCGGAAUUGGCAGGUGCUUUGCGUGAUUCUGAUGAUAUAAAAAAACAACGAAACGAGGCUUCGAGAGAGUUGAAAGAUUUAAAAGAGAAGCUAGAGUCUGGCGACGCAUUGAGAGCAAGUGUCUUUGGGCAAGGUCUUGCGCAUGGUCACGACAACACUAUUGAUGCGGAACCUAACGAGUGGGAAGUACUUACUAUCCAUAUGGAUUUGAGCAGACUCGUGGAUACUGAUCGUGAUCUGGGUAUAAUGUUAGUGGGGGGGCGUGAUAAUCCAUAUUACCCUAAUGAUACGGGUGUUUAUGUAGCACAAGUUACACAAGGAAGUACGGCUGACGGCAAAUUGAGAGUAAACGAUUGCAUCAUACGUGUGAACAACGUUGAUUGUGCCUCGGUAUCUUCAAGAAUGAUAUUAGAAACGCUACGUUCUUGUGCCGUAAGUCCGACCACGUUGACUAUAAGAAGACGAAGAUUAAGUAGAAGAUCGUUGAGGACUAUACAGCUACCUGUCGGCUCUAUUCCACAUGGAAUUGCUUUAGAGCUUGGUAUAUACAUAUCAAAAAUAUCACCUGGCAGCUCAGCUGCUAAAGAUGGAAAUUUGGCUGUUGGCGACAGAGUCUUGAAUAUCAAUAGUAAACCAAUGGAAGGAAUAAAUUCGGCGCAUGAGGCAAUGACUAUCUUAAACGACAAUACAACGGAUGUAUUAACGAUCACUACGCUUAAAGGAAUUCCUUUAUCUUCUGCUACUAGUUCGGAAACGAUGCCAAUCAGUGGCAGUUUUGCAUCGGAAAAGCAAAAGAUGGUAAAUAGUUGUUCGCAAACCGAACAUGAAAGAUUGAUGUUGAAAACAACGUCGGACGACUCUGAUAGAAGAUAUAUUGGCUCGAACUUCGGAGACAGAAGUGUUUAUAAAGUUUCGAAAUCUGUUAGCGGGGAAAAGCCAAGUGGGAUAAGUAAUGCUUGGGAUAAUAUAAGAGAAAAGAUCGAUUUCGUGAGAGGCCGAAAACCUAGUAAGGAUCGGGAUGAUAAGAAGAAGAGACAUCCCAAUUCAAGUCCAAAUACAUUCGAACAAGAACAGGAUGCAAUAGCUGAACUUGAUUCGGUUAUAGAGAGUUAUCACAAGAAAACAACUAACGGUGUACUCAAACGAAGUAAACGUCGUGGGACAGAGAAAAUGGAGAAAAAUGGUGGUACAUGGCCCAAGGCUAGAGGUGGUCCACUAAUACAAAAUGGUACUGGUACGAUAUUACAUCCACGUAAAACGAAGGAAAGGCUACCACUGAGCGUACUUCUAAAUCAUCCGCCAAAGUAUGAUAGUUACAACUAUAAUCGUAUUUCCAAUCCUAUCCCCCUAGUUAAUUUCUCUAAUGUCAGUAAUCGGCAUACUGUAUACAAAGCCGUAGAAACACCAUUACCAAAUUUCAGCAAAUCGGGACAACUCUUUGGUCAGAAGUCCUUCACUCCAGCAGUACAAUUCAAGGAUAUUACGAUAGAUAAGAAAGUGACGAUCGAGAUAGAGAAUACCGAUAACAGGCUUAGCUCGACUUUGGCGCCAUCCGAGACAAGUAUUGAUGUCUCUGUAAAAUCUGGAAAUAUUGGUCGAGAUAUGGAUUACUUCGCUAAAAAGAAAGCACAGAAGUACGCUAUGAGUAACGAUAGCCAGGUAGAAACGUUGCAACAUAAUAGAGCGCACUCUCAACUCUAUUCGGGAAUUGGGUCAUCAACUUCGUCCACUAGUGGACCUAGACAACAACUAGCUGGUAAUUUCUCUUUUCCCCCCUACACGCAUUUGCAUCCGCAUCCACACCAGCAGAACUCUUUACCCUCAAGAUAUCCAUCACCACCGUCAUUGCCGUCUGCACAAUCCGGAGAGUCUAUAGGACUUCCCGAUGCACGAUCCUACUGUUUUGAACCUCCGUAUAGUCCGGGCCCGCAAACGGGUUUUGGUCAUUUGCACACACCCUCCGUAGAUUUGCAUUACCACAAACCUCGUGCUCCACCAGUCGGCAUGGCAUACGAUGUGCCAGCAUAUACUCAUGGAUACGAAGGUGGUACAUUUCCAAGAAAAAAAGAAAAUCAACGUUUUCGUAUACCGUCCAAUCCUAGUGUUACAUCAAAAAACAGUGUUGGCAAACUUUCGACUGGAAGUAUAGAAAGAACUUCAGAGAGAGGCAGUCCAAUGCCAACUUUUCACGUGGAGGUUCUCAGUCCUGGAACGGGUAAUGGUAGUAAUACCGGAGGAACCAUCAGGGGAGGCAGCAAUAGCAAGAGAUCGAGUAUGCCAGAUUAUUGUUAUUCCCAACCUCGACCAGCUCCUGGUGAACUACGUAGAGUUCAUAUAGACAAAUCGGUUGAGCCAUUAGGCAUACAAAUUUCUUGUUUGGAAAGUGGAGGAGUUUUCGUUUCCACUGUCAGUGAACAUAGCUUGGCGUCUCAAGUCGGUCUUCAAAUCGGUGAUCAACUAUUAGAAGUAUGUGGAAUUAAUAUGAGGAGUGCUACUUAUCAACUAGCUGCCAACGUUUUACGCCAGUGUGGUAAUUCCAUAACGAUGUUGGUGCAGUACAGUCCAGACAAGUACAACGAACUUGAAGGAUCAGCAUCCUCUAGUUCUUCGGAAGCUGGUGGUGGAGAAGGUGGCACCAGAAGUGGCUCACCUACACCAUGUAACAGUCCAGAAGUUCCAAGGAAAACAACGAUCGAACCUUUGGAAAAUACUGAACCUGAACGUGACACUACUACCACUACUACUACUUUAUUGAGUGUAAAACGUGCAGAACGAGAUAUCAGAAAUUCUGCUUCGUUGGAAGUUAGGUCUACGCAAGAAAGAGAACGUGAAAUCAGAAAUUCAGCAUCUUUGGAUAUCAAUAUAAGAAAACCUGAAUUACGUAGUUCGGCUACUCUCGACAAUAUGCGCAAUUCUGCAACUCUUGACACUUUACGCGUAACUGGCAGCACACUAACACGUGCACAACUUAAUCAGGCUGCGACAACAUUGCAGAGACAAAAUGCAACCGUAAGGAGCCCGACGCAAGAAGAACAAAAUCGUAAAAGUCCAACUCCAGGUGAACCAAGAUAUUUAUUCAUUGAAACUAGGAAGUGUUCUAAUUUAGGUAUAUCGCUCGUGGGAGGCAACGGCGUUGGUAUAUUCGUUCAUUCCGUGCAGCCUGGCUGUUUGGCAGAAGAAGCUGGCUUACGUACUGGUGAUAGAAUUUUGGAAUAUAAUGGUGUAGAUCUGAAACAAGCAACCGCUGAACAAGCCGCACUCGAAUUAGCAAGACCAGCAGAUAAAGUGACCUUAAUAGCUCAAUAUUUACCACAGCGAUAUAACGAAGUCAAGGAUAAACCUGGUGAUAGUUUUUACAUUAAGGCGAUGUUUGAUCGAGUCGGUGAAGUGGGAGAUAGUCUGCAACUUCAUUUCAACAAGGAUGAUAUUUUGUAUGUGGAUAAUACUAUGUUUAAUGGUACACCUGGUCAUUGGAGAGCUUGGUUGGUCGAUCAAACUGGAAGGCGACAAACUUGUGGUAUAAUUCCAAGCAAAUUCAAAGUCGAAGAAGAAUUACUUUUGCGACGAUCCUUAGGAGAUAUAGAAACAGAUGCUGGUAGACGUGGUACAACGAGUGCACGCAGGAGCUUCUUCCGGCGAAAGAAACAUCAACGUUCGUCCAGUAGAGAUAGUAAAGAAUUAUCUCAUAUUACUGGAGUAAAUAUGGGCUGGUAUAGCGACAGUGGAACAUUGAACGAGGAAAGCCUUCCAGCUAGUUAUCAGCGUGUCGAAAGACUCGAUUAUCCAGCUUUGAGACCUGUAUUGAUAAUUGGUCCUCUGAGCGAAUGCGUUGUGACAAAAUUAUUACAAGAAUUUCCUGGACAAUUCACAAGAUGUCUUGCAGAAGCUAUGCAUUGUUCUCAAGCGACACUCGAACAAGGCUUAAGAGAUUCCCUUUACGUAGACUACAGGAAGAAAGGAAGUUAUUUCGAAUGUACUACUGUUCAAGCUGUCAAAGAUAUUUGCGAGAAGAGCACACACUGUAUCUUGGAUAUAUCAAUCGCCUCUAUUGAACGACUUCAUAGACAUCAGAUCUAUCCAAUAGUCUUAUUGAUCAAAUUUAAAAGUACUAAGCAAAUAAAGGAGGUAAAAGACUCAAGGUAUCCUAGCGAUAAAGUCAGCGCUAAGGCUGCUAAAGAAAUGUAUGAGCAAGCGCUUAAGUUAGAAGCUGAAUAUAGGCAUUUUAUUUCUGCUGUCAUUCCAGCAGGGGUGAACGUUGCCUAUAUAUGCACACAAGUCAAGGGAGCCGUCGAUGAUGAACAAAGUAAGGCACUUUGGGUUCCACGAGGACUUCCCUGACAUCAGAGGGGGGGUCCCCGUAAACCACAGUGGAAGUCAAUAUAAUUCCACCAGGGGGCCCUUACGUCGUGCAUUCUUAAAAAAUUAUGCCUUCAAACAUUUUUAUUUUUGGUCUUUUAUCAAAAAAGAUACAUACAUAUUUUUUGAAACUCGUUCUCAAAGAUUUUCUCUUAUCAGUCCCACUUUUAUGUUCCACGCAUUAAUAUUACAUUGAUAAUGGGAAAAGUAUCAUAAUUUAUUUAUAUGUUCUUUCCGUUUACUUUUACAUACGGAAUACGAAAAAAUGAUCUCAUAAUAACAUCACGCACAGUUUUAUAUGUACAUAAAUUAUAACUGUGCAUAUUACUUUUUAAUAGAAGUUAUAAAAAUAAUGAAAUUAUAUGAUGGGACAUUUUUCUUUUUUUAAUUUAUUACCUUUGAGUUCUGGUUGAUUUAAAAAUAUAUUGGAAAGAUCGAUUUAAAAAUGCAUUGAAAUGAUUGAUUAGAAAUUGUAUUGAAAGGAUUCAUUAAAAAUUAUAUUUUUGAAAUCUUAUCAGACCAUUGAUAGGCGAAAUUUAAUAUCCGUCGUAUCGUGGCCCGCUGAUGGAUGAAUAUCGAUCAGACACACAAUCGUUUAGUUAAAAAAUCAACUGCUGUCGUGCUUGCACUCUUUGUUAUAAACUCUUCAAACCAAUUUUAAUAUCUGGAAUAGGGAAGAUUGAUUGAAAAAUGAACUUUUAUAGUUCAUGGUAAGGCUGUACAAACAACAUGAUUUAUUUUAUAUUGAGAAAGAGAUACUUAUUUGUAUAUAAUUUAUCUAAACAAGAUUACAUAAUAUUUUCUUAUUAAGUAUUAGUUAAUAAACGAAAAGUAGUAUUAGAUUAUAUUUUAAAUAAUAUUUAUAUGUGUACACAUACACACAUAUCUUUAUUAGUUUAUUAUUUACAUACAUGUUGUUAAGUACGUGUUGUUACUGAAUUGGUUUGAAGAGUUCAAAGUUGUAAAUUGUUAAAGCAAGGAAUUGAUAGUAGUAAAAACAGAGUAAAUGGAAUUGAAACGAUACUCAGUUCCUGCUAUCGAAUUGUAAAUAACUCGUAGGGAACAAUAGGCAUUGAUUAUAGAAAUGAACAGCAUAUUAAAACUCCUUCGUCACUUUUUAAACAAUUGCAAAAAUUAAAGAAGAAUUAUUUAAACGUAAUCGUUAAAUCGUCAAAAUGUUAUAAAUUUUUAAAUCGUGUAUUAUUCUUAUCGGACAAAAAAACAUUUUAUUUUUCUAAAGUUUAUUUUUUAUUUCGGAAGAGUUUUAAUUGAUAGUUUAUAGUUAUAUUUUAGAGUUGUAAUACAAUUCUAAAAUAAUCAAUUAUUAUAUUAUAGUUUUAUCGGUAUUUCUUCUUUAAAAUGUGAGUUAUCGUAUAAAGUUCGUAUUAUUAUGAUAUUUUUAACGAGCUUAAGACGAAAGAUUAAUUAUAAAUGCAAGUGAUAAUUAUUUAAAUAUACUUUAUGUGCAGUGUACUGAAGUAUCUAAAUCCAGAUGAAAUUGGUACAAAAAUGUUCUUUGAUCGUAUACGUCUAAUUUAAAAAUGCAAUCAAAAGGUAUUAUUAAUUAAUUUAUAUUUAUUAUUUACUAUUUUAAUUUAAAAAAAAGAAACAAAGAAAAAAUAAUUAAUGUCAAUCAAUUCAAAUAUUCUGGAUAUAGAUACAACUUUCGUCCAUUUUGAAUUUAAUGAUACACUCAAUGUAUCUAUCAUAUGAUUAUGUAUGUAUGAUGAUCGAUUAUUUAAAAACACUAACAUCUAUAUGUACCCAUAACUACUUCGCAAUAGAAGCUAGCAUUUCUUAAAAAAUUAAUGAUUGUUAUUGCUAUCGACGGGCUGCCGAAUCGAUUUUCAUUGACAAAGACUACCGAAAAGAAAUUAUUUUUCUAUGACAUAUUUUGAGCGGCUCGAACCUUCUUGAAAUCGAAGAAUAUAUAUAUAAAUAUAUAUAUAUUAUUUCAACAGGAAUAUCGUUUGAAACAAUUAACAUACAAAUCAUAUAUAAUAUACAAAAUUUAAAAAAAGAAAGAAAAUAAACACAGACAAAUAUUGAUUUACGUGAAAUUUAGUUUUUUGACGAGACAAUAUUUAGGCAUAAGUUACAAACGAGACCAAAAAUUAAAAGAAUAUUUUAAACUAAUUGAUAAGAGAAUAAUAAUUACAUUUAUUCUUAUUAUAGAGCCAGCAAACUUAACACACAGAGUUAGAUAUACUUUUUGAUAUAACACCGAAAUGAUCAAUGAUCAGUAUAUAAUUCACUAUAUAAAACUGACUUGGAACAUAAAAUAAUUAGGGGCCAAGUAUCCUCUCGAAAGGAAAGUUACAAUUAUAUACUUUUUGUAACUGAAAGACUUUUCAUAAACACGGACAAUCUAAAAAUUAAAUUUAAGUCCAUUUGCAUAAAAGAUAUUUUUUUAGGGAAAACAACGGCUCUUUCAAUUAUUUUACUUUGAUUAUAUUUUUUCUCUGAACUUUAUAAAAAAAAUUUUCAUUAACACUAUGACUUCCGGCGACACCACAGUAUGUGCAUAGUAUUGUUCAGUGGCCGGCAACAGCACUUUAGUAUCUUUUGCAUUCUGUUGGUGUUUUGUUUAGGUAACAAUAAGUUACAUACGUCAACAAGUUUUUUGUUUUUAUAAGUAGUUGUGCGACAAGCCAAUUAAUCCGAAUUAGCGCUGCCGGUGUCAAGCGAAUAAAUUUUUAAGAGACGUGCGGACGGCAAAGUGUUAAUAUUUUAAUUGUUAUAUGAAGUCAACAAAAAAGGCUUGCUUUCCCUCGUAUUUAACUUCGGUUUCAAGUUUUGCUCAAAUAUGUGCCUCGCUAAAAAAAAAUUACAUUUUUUUUAUUUUUCGACAUAGGGAAAGAAAAAAAAGAAAUGAAUCGAGGGCUAAGCGAAGCGUAAAAUAGUAUCAAAGAAGAAAAAGAAGGGUAACGUGUGAUUAUGAUUAUUCUCGAUCACAGUACUGUGAUAUGUAUAAGAUUACUAUUUCGACGACAUAUCAACUUAACAAUUCUAUACGUAUAUAUAAAUAUCAAUAUAUACAUAUAUAUAUAUAUAUAUAUAUAUAUAUACAUAUAUAUAUAUAUAUAUAUAUAUACAUAUAUAUAUAUAUAUACACGUACAUAUAUAGUAUAUUAUAAUAAAUGCAUAUUUUCGGCAAUACUUAUAUAUAGAUAAGUAUAUAUAGAUGUCGUGUAUUUAAUAACACAUUUUUGAUAUUUUCGCACUUAAAGCACACAUUUUAUAUGUAAAAUUGUUCGACACAUACACACAAGUGCGUAUAUUUACAAAAGAGAAUUGAAAUUACUCGUCUCAUUCUCAGCAUGAUUGAUUGCAAUCAAAAGAACAAGUGAACAGAGAUAACUUGUAAAGCAGUGUGUGUGUAUAUAUAUAUCUAUGAUGUAUGUAUAUAUAUAUACAUAUAUACAUAUAUAUAUAUAUAUAUAUGUAUACCAUACAUAUCGGAAAUUAUUCAAAAUAUUUAUGAGUAAAUUGGUAUAAUUUAUUUUCAUCAAAAAAUUGUAUUAAAGCACAGGAGUCUCUGUUUACCAUAAACUUUGUUCACUUGGAUCUCAAACAUAGUAAUUAGAAUUUUACGUUUAAGAUAUGAUUGGUGCAUAAGCCGGGUGCACUCAGAAUUCACGUAUGCAAUAAUAAGACGAUACUAAUAAUUAAUAAUCAUUGAAGCGUUGAUGGUGAUAUAUUAUGUAGCGGAGAAGCGGAAAAAACGGCGGUCUCGUUCGAAUAAUGAUGCGAUUAAUACGACAUACGUCGUUAUUGCGAAUAUGCGUUAUUCCGAACGUAGAUCACGACUAGUCUUCGAUAGUAUUCUUCUAUCUUCUAUGUUAAAUUUUUUAGCGAUCAUGUGUAUAUCUAUUUCCUUUCCAUUAUUCCCUUUUUUACCUUUUCCAUCCUUCGCGUAUCAAACUCCCUCCAAAAAUUAUCAUCUGUGAUCAAUUUGACAAAUUUUUAUUUCCUUUACCCUUUCUUCGCGUUAUAUCUCUUCCAAGUCUUCCAAUUGAUUAAAUUUACAUAAUAGUAUUGGUAUAAAAAAAACAGUUUUCAAAUGAUCAGGAACAAUAGCUAUAUGUUUCUGUUUAAGAGGUAUAAAUCGGCCCGUGAAAGAGUUUGCAUUUUCUAAAAAAAAUUUCUUCUUUUUAAUUUUACAUCUUUUUUAUUACCUUUAUUAGACCGCGCGCGUUCCUUAAUUGUAAUAUGCGGUGUAAUAAUAAUAUAAAUACGUAAAUAACUUUUGCAGGCAAAAGUAACGGGUAAUAAAUGAUGAUCGAUGCCUUCCUGGCGAUGCACCGAGAGAUUUGAAUUUGUUACAAUUUUCACGAGGUUUGAUACUACGAGAUGUAUUAUUACUAAUUAGUGAUAAUAAUCUAUAGAGUGGUCUCUUAGCGCGUACACGAACUUAUAGCGAAUUAUUUAAAUCGAACCAUUUGUUAUUAGAAAGAAAAAAAAAUGAAAAAACUCUGCAAUUUAACUUAGUGCAAUAUUUUUAUCAUCGAACGAUGAUAAAUGACUUUGUUAUUGAGAAAAUUAUAAACGGAAAUAUGCGUGCCGCAAUUAAAACUAAACCAAUGGAGUUUUAAUUAACAGUAUUUGGAUAAAUAAUUAAGAUGAGAUAUUGUGAACUCCGUCGAUUAUUGUGAUUAUUAUCGUUUAUACCUUUUUAUAUUUAUAUCGCCCACUUAUCCCGAUAUCCAUUGUUCCUAAUAUCAGGAUGUCAAAAGGGCCUUUUAUAUUCUUUCAUCACAUUUUGUAUUCGAUAUAUUAUUAUAUCAUUAUUUAAAGGAAUAUAUUUUUAAAAAGUCAUAAAUAAGCAAGGAAAUUGAACGUAAAAUGAUUUGUUCUUAAGACUUUCUUGUUUUAUUAUUUUUCUUUUAAUAGCCAAUUAUUAUUUUCCUAUUUUUUUCUUCCUGCCAUACACACACACACAACGUAUAUAGACACAACACACACAUAUUAUACUGCCUGUCAGAUACUUCGUCGUUCUUAAAAAAGAGAAGAAAAGAAAAAGAACAGACGAAUAACGUAUCUUUUAAUACGAAACCUCCGCAAUAAAAUCCUGCCUGAUAUAUUGAAGCAAAAAGAUAAUAAUAAAAAAAAAAAAAAAAAAAAAAAAAAUGAAAACUAAAAAAAAUCGUUGAAAAUCAUAGUGAUACGUACAACCAUAAGAGAACAAAGUUGAAACACAUUUUUGUAAUUAAGCGUCGUAAAUCCUUAUCGUUUUUAGUUUCAAUGAUCUUGAGUGCACAACAUUAUUCGUAUCCUUUGAAAAUAAUAAAAUAUUCCUUUAUCCUUUGUAUACAUAAAUCGAGAUUUAUAUCAAUAAGCAUUUUAUCUUCAUACACAAUUAAGUAGAUAUAUUACUUAUUUAUGCGCCGACUUUUAUUCAAUGUUUUGCGUCGAAGCUAAUUCAGUUAUAUGUAUAUAUAUAUAUAUGUAUAUAUAUAUAUAUAUAUAUAUAUAUAUAUAUAUACAUA